CAAUUCUGAAUGAAAAUCCAGAGAAUGCCGUCAUACAUUCAAAGGCCAGGAAUAUUGAAUUAGGUCCAAUCGAUCACCCUGACCUGUUUGAAGUUGGUCUCACUAAAAAUAACCGCCCCUUCUCAGGAGCCCAUAUUAUGGAAAAUAUGCCUCUGACAGAACAACGAGUAAUGAGAAGUCAUCUGAGGCCGGAGUUCAUGCCGGACAUGUUGUUCGAAACAAAACCUAAGACAAUUUUGCUAACCCGAAAUCCAAAGGAUGUAGCUGUGUCUUUGUUCAAUUUCCAUCACAAUAAUUCUACUUUAGCACCAGUUGAAUGGGAUGAUUUUAUUAGAGAAUUUUGCAAUGAAAACACCGAGUAUGGUUCUUAUUUUCAAUAUGUAAUUGACUGGGAUGCUUAUAGUGAUGAACCCUGGGUCUUGGCUGUCCGAUUCGAGGAUAUCAAGAAGUCUCCACAAGAACACAUCGAAAAAAUUGCCGAUUUCCUCGGAAAAUCAUUAACAAAUGAACAACUGAAAGAAGUGGCUCGUGUGACUGAUUUUCAGUUUAUGAAAUCACAUUUUGGGUAUCCCGAGGCUUGGCAGAUGCGACAGGGAACAAGGCUUCAACGAAAAGGUACCGUUGGUGAUUGGAAGAAUGUAUUCACGGUAUCACAAAAUGAAGCAUUUGAUAGUAUAUACGACAAGAAAAUGGAAGGAUAUGAACACUUGAAAUACAAUUUUUUAGAUGAUUAUUGAAUUAAUUGACAAUAUUUGUAAUGCACACAUAGCACAUAUAAUAGAUUGAAAGUAGAGUAAUGAUAUAUCGGAUAAUUAUAAAAUGUAUCU